AUGGAAACCAAUGCACGACUAGUUGAGGUGGGCGAAUUACUAACAGGAGUCAGAGGUUUUCGGUGGCGAGUAUUGAAAUUCCUGGGAGAGGGCGCGUUUGGAGCAGUUGUUUUGGCCAGAAGCAUCGGUGGCGACCAGGAAGUGGCCCUAAAAAUUGAGAAUGCCGCGCAAGAAGUGAGGACGUUGAGGCAAGAAGUGGCUGUAUUGGAAGCGCUCAACGCGGCGGGAAAACGAUACUGUUGUUAUUUAUUCGACAAGGGAAGAAAAAAGGACGUCUAUAAUUGGAUGGCUAUGUCACUGGUCGGCAAAGCCCUGGAUAAGCUCAGAGAGAUGACACCACGGGGACACUUUUCGUUACCCACUGCCCUUUACCUUGCUGUAAACACUUUAAAGGCCAUUCAAGAAGUACAUGAAGUGAGGUAA